AUGUUAUCCUUGGGAGUUUGUGAAUCAUUACAACUUGUCUCUGCAAUGAAAUACUUAAUUAAUAAAAAUCGUGGCUAUUUUUUUGUUGUAGUUGUUGUAGUACACGACAUUUAUAUUUUUAACAAAGAUCAGUGA